AGGCCUGCCUUUAUCUUAAGAUUAAAGGAGCUCUUUAAAACAAGUAAUGAAUGUUAUGAAAAGGGAAAUACUGAGUUUAAACUGUUGUUUUGAUUCAGUGUGAGUCGCAGUUAAAAUAUGUAUCUUCUGGUUUCAGUGGCAGAGCCCUUGCUUACCAUGAGGAGGCCCUGGCUCCAUCCUCACACUGCAGAUGACCAACCUCCCCACCACCACUACACACACACACACACAAUCUUUUGCAGGUUACAAAAUUUAGACAUAACUGUAGAUUCUACCAAUCCUUUUAUAACCUGACAGAAAACUGCAGUGGAUGGCUAGUGGUCCACAUUUUUUAAUACAUACACUUUUCCCUUCCUUAAUAUCAUUGUCACUACAAUUUCGAACACAAUGAGGGCAGUAAAGGGACAGAUGGUCAGAAAUGAAAGAAGUCUUCAGCCUUCUCAAGGACGCCAGAUCGCCUCCCCUAGCCGUCAGCGGCCAGUCCCUUCUCGGACACUGUACCAGGUGUCUCGCGGUGAGUUCUGGGAAAUGUAGGCCAAAAGGACAAGCGCGGCGGUCCAGUGAAGGUACGCUUUGACUCUCCGUUGCGCACGCGCAUUUGUGCCCAGCGGGUGAGCUGCGGAGGUGGCGGCGAGCAGUAUCCCUGCGGUAGGCGUUGAGCUCGACUCCAGCACGGUGCGCAGCUUGCAGCCCCGGCCCGGGAGGGCUAAGGUGCCUUCUCCCGGAAGGGAAUCAGGGAGGUAGAAAUGGCCAGGAGGUUGCUGCCAGUUCAGGGAGUCUUGGAACCAAUGACCCACAGAUACCAAGAAAUGACUACAUAGUAAAAAUCCAGGUGGUUUUCCAGAAAGAUUGAAGAAAGAAACCUCUUUGUCAGCAGGAGCUGUCAGGCAGUCUCCCCAGCAGUGCGCAGGACUGGGCUGGUGUAGAUGGUGAAUGGAGAGAGUCCAGAACAAACGGAAGCUUAUGCAGUGGUGUAGGGCCCAGUUUCCCUAAAGCAGAAGUGCCGUCUUCCCAAGGAUGCUUUGCUCUGCCCUUUCUUGACACUUAAUCUGUAUGGUUUUAGGGGAGAAAUGUAAUUAAAAACACUCUCCCAACCCAGAAGACCUCUUCACAAAGAGGCCAGUGACCUUCAGGGAUGUGGCUGUGCUCUUCAGCCAGGACGAGUGGCUGCAGCUGGACCCUGGUCAGAGGCGCUUGUACCGGGAGGUGAUGCUGGAGAACUACAGCAACCUGGUCUCUGUGGGAAUUCUGUUUUCCAAGCCGAAGGUCAUCUCCCAGUUAGAGCAAACGGGAGAUCCCCAGAUGGAAGGAACUGGAACACCACGAGGUGUGUGUCUAGAAUGGGAGAGCUUGUUUGAAGCCACCAUUUCCAAAGAAGAAAAUCAAGAAGCCAUGAAAAAAUUCUUAGUGGAUCAUCCUUUGGACUUCAGUUUGGGAAAAACCUAUAUAGAUGAGGACAAGUUGGAGAAGCAACAAGGUAGAAAGAACAAACUUCUCAGGAAAGUAUUAGUUACUAUCAAAAACACAUUCAUGAAAGAGAAGAACUUUAAAGGUAUUGAACUUGGGAAAAGUCUUGGUCCAAAAACAUCAUCACUUACUAGAAAACCAGGACUUGUUUCCAGAGGAAGGAAACCCCGUUCACAGCAGUAUUCAAUUCUGUUUAAACAACUGGGAGUCAACACAGUGCGUAAAUGUUAUAAAUGUAAUAUCUGUGGGAAAAUCUUCCUCCACAGUUCUUCCCUGAGUAAGCAUCAGAGGAUCCAUACUGGAGAGAAGCUCUAUAAAUGCAAGGAAUGUAGGAAGGCCUUCAGCCAAAGCUCGUCCCUGACGCAGCACCUGAGAGUUCACACAGGAGAGAAGCCUUACAUAUGCCGUGAGUGUGGGAAAGCCUUCAGUUUCACCACGUCUCUGAUUGGGCACCAGAGAAUGCAUACUGGAGAGAGACCCUAUAAAUGUAAGGAAUGUGGCAAAACAUUUAAGGGUAGCUCAUCCCUUAACAAUCACCAGCGAAUCCAUACUGGAGAAAAGCCCUAUAAAUGUAAUGAAUGUGGCAGAGCCUUCAGUCAGUGCUCAUCUCUCAUCCAGCAUCACAGAAUUCAUACUGGAGAGAAGCCGUAUGAGUGUAGUCAUUGUGGGAAAGCCUUCACAUCAAUAUCGCGGCUGAGUAGACACCAUCGCAUUCACACUGGAGAGAAACCUUUCCACUGCACUGACUGUGGGAAAGUGUUCAGUUACCACUCAGCCCUCAUUAUCCAUCAAAGAAUUCACACUGGUGAGAAACCAUAUGCAUGUAAAGAAUGUGGGAAAGCCUUUAGCCAAAGCUCAGCACUUAUCCAACAUCAGAGAAUUCACACUGGAGAAAAGCCCUACAAGUGUGAAGAAUGUGGGAAGGCCUUCUCCUGGAUCUCACGGCUUAACAUCCACCACAGAAUUCAUACUGGAGAGAAGCCGUAUCAUUGCAAGGAGUGUGGGAAAGCUUUUAGUUCCCACUCAGCCGUGAACACUCAUCGAAAAAUUCAUACUGGAGAGAAACCGUAUAAAUGUAAUGACUGUGAAAAAGCCUUCAACCAAAGCUCAGCCCUAAUUCAGCACCAGAGAAUCCACACUGGAGAGAAACCAUUCAGCUGUAAAGUGUGUGAGAAAGCCUUCAGACAGAGCUCAUCCCUGAUGACACACAUGAGAAUUCACACUGGAGAGAAGCCUUAUAAAUGCAAAGAAUGUGGGAAAGCGUUUAGUCAGAGCUCAUCUCUUACCAAUCAUCAGAGGACUCAUAAUUGAGAAAGACCAUAGGAGUGAAAUGCAUGUGAGAAAUCUUUCAGGGGAGAUCCAUUGCAUAUUGAAUAGCAAAGAAUUCAUCCUGAGGAGAAAGUGAUGAGUAGG